AUGGAGGUGGACCCGCCGGAGACCAUGGACCAGCGCGCUGAGGACAAGCCUCAGCUGCUGGGGGAGCCGCCGGGCUCGCCCCCAUCGCCGCCGGCCCUAGAGGAGAUGGAGGCGAAGGCCGAGGCGGCGCAGGCUAACAUUGAGGACGCGGUUGAGGCAGAGAAAGUGGACAAGGCUCCUGAAAAGCCCAGAGAACUCGCAGUGCCCCCGAGGCGGCCGCCCCCCAGCGACCCGGAGGUGGUGCGGAUCCAGGCGUGGUGGCGCGGCAUCCUGGUGCGGCGCUCGCUGCUGUUCGCCGCGCUGGGCGCGCUCACCAUCCAGCGCUGGUGGAAGCGGGCCCGCCUGCGGGCGCUGGAGGCCCGGCGGCGAGCCGUGCUGGAGGCCUUCACCCGCAAGGAGUGGGCGGCCGUGCGGCUGCAGGCCUGGGUCCGCAUGUGGCGCACCCGCCUGCGCUACUGCCGCCUGCUGCACGCCGCCCGCAUCAUCCAGGCCUACUGGCGCUGCCGGGCCUGCGGCGCCCGCGGCUUCAUCAAGGGCCACUACCGGGUCUCCGCCAACCAGCUGCACCUGGAGCUGGAGAUCGUGCUGGGCUCCGAGCCCUGCAUCGUGUCCGAGUGCAUCCCCCUCCCAGUAAAGCAGUGA